UUUAUGUAUAUUUCCGCAUGCUCAGAUUGGGCGUCCUCGGCGUUGCACGCAGAAACAAAAUCAUUUUGAAGGCUUUAAAAUGGCUAUAAAUAAUUGAGGAUCUCUACAUCUCUUUUCCAGAAGAUAGGAAGACUUCCGUUUCACCGGUUUCGCAAAAGGGUUUAAGGCCUAGAAUUUAGGUUCCUAUGGAAGAUGAUUUUAAAGAUGCUAGGAAGCGAGCAUUCAAGAGAGCUGAUGCAAUGAUUGAGGAAGCUAAGGAGCUAACCAAACUAUGUGAACUACAUCGGUUCUCCCACCCCAAAUCGUUGAUUAUGAGAUCAAAUACUCUUCGAGAGCAUCUAAGCAAUCAUAGAGAUCUCGUUGAGAAAAUUAAACUGCAACAUCCUUUCCAAGACAAAUUAGCACCAUUCACGAAAAGAAUGGAGGAGAUGCAUGAGAAAGUUGCCAAAGCACUUGAACUCCUUCCUAAGAAGAGAAAUGAUCGACCAGGAAGAAGGAAGGCACCUGUGGACAUAAAAAGAGAAGUAAAACAUGGAGAGGGUGGAUCAAAAACAACGAUGGAAGAGGGUUCAGAAAAAGCUACACAGCUAGCUUCCGAACUAUUUCCGGGCAGGUUUGAGGACGAUAGGAAAGUAAAAGUAUACGUCAAAGUUGGUGUAAUAUCAACAUGAUUGGAUUGAGAGAGGACGAAAGAUUUGGGGUCUUGAGGAUGAUGUUGCAAUUAGGUCCAAGGUACAAUCCGAAGAAGUGCGUUUAUUAAUUCAUAUCUAUGGUUCCAUUGGUGAAGGAUAUGGGGCUAUCUUACGUGAUUCCAGAAAGCAUCCGAUAGUUGCUAGCUGUCAAUCGCUCUCUCAUGAAGACAGUGUUUCUGACUUUUACACCUGGUUAAAUGGGGUGGCACUCGAUGCCAAAAUUGCUGCUAAGUAUCGUUUGUCAAAAAAUUUCUUAUACGUUCCUACGCUCCACAUUUGCACUUUUAUCUCAAGUAUUUGGGCUCCUUACUACAGAGGUUCUCAAGUAUCUUUGGAGAAAAGCGACGUGGAGUCGCUAUGUUUUCCAGAAUAUGGUGAUAUUGAGAAGAUAUACCGUCUCACUUUAGUUAUCUUGUCUUAUCUCAACCAACUUUCCGUUAGUGGUGUUGUGAAAUACUUAGCGAUGCAACCUGUAAGAA